AUGGUGGGUUUUCGCCGUCUUAUCUACCUUGGCCUUGUUCCAAAGCCAGCCACUUUCGCCUCACCGUCCGCUAUCUGCAUUGUCCAUGCAGGUGCUGCAUGGAAGAUCCGUGUCGAUGCUGGCGGGGAGCUUGCUGUGGCCUUUUUCGUUGACACUACCACCGAGGACCGCAAGAGCUGGAACAUCAUCUCAGAAACCAAGCAGGGUGACCUGAACAGCAUCGCGGUCAGGAAGGGCUUCCGCGGGGGCGAUGUAAUGACGCAGAUAGCGUGGUUUGAUAAUCUCACAGCUUCGUAG